AUGCACCAGCGUCUUAUCGAGUUCGAGCCGCUGAAGGAUAUAUCUCAGCGUGCAGUGCGAGAACGAAGCCUCAAACUAAUUGCAGAAUUUCGGAAAUCAAACAGGCUCAACGAGUGGCGCACUGGAGAUCCGGGAACCUUCAAAGAGCAAGAACAACUGCUGUGCGAAAUUCUCGAAUUCGAGGCCGACGCUGCUAAACGCGCAUCUACGCAAAAGCCGCAGACGAAGGAGAUGGAAAAGCAGGCGCGUAAAGACAUGAAGUUUCAGGUGGCAGCAAAACACAGCAUGAAGAAGCGAAAGCGCUUGUUGGAGGCUCCUGAACCAAACUCCGACGAACCGAUUGAUGAAUUUGAUGCCCGUGUGAACGGAUACGGUCCCUUCGCCCCGGACGACGAUACUGGAAACAGUGGUCGACUCCCCAAGCGUGAACGGAUGAGCUGGAACGGAAUGGUGCAGAAUUUUUUGUCGGACUCGAAAUCGAUGCGAGACAAAGAAUUGCAGUUAAAAGAAUCAGCGUUAGAACUGGAGAAAAAGAGAGAAGAACGACUGGCCGCAGAGCAGACUAUGAAACUCGAAAUUCGAAAAGGAAAACUAGAAGUUGAAAACAAGAAGGAAGAUAAACGCUCUGAGGAGUUAUCUCAUUACGGUGGUUAAUACUAAAGUCAGA